AUGACUAUCUCAUCCCAACAAAACUUCAGCGAGAGUGACGAUUUCUCCAAAUUAAUGGCAAGUGAUAGUGGAUUUCGUUUGGGACAUCUAAGACUUUACAAAGCAGAAUUGCUAGGAUCAGUUGACAAUAUUGAAAAGUUGCAGCAAUUUCGCCAAUUUUUCGGUGACUCAAGAAGUUUUACUCGACUUUCGGAACUAUUCAAGGAUGAUUCCAAUAAAAAUGUAGCACUAAAUUAUUUCUGGCAUCAGAUAUGUUUUAAUCGUGAAGCCAUGGAUCGUAUACUCUCUAUGGCCACUGAAGGAAACAAAGCUCUGCUUGAUUCGAUUCAUGAAAGUAUGUCAGCGAAAUCACUGAAGUACUACCAUAAAAUGUUUUAUGAAGAUGCGAAAAAAAUGGAUAAAAUCAUAAUGACAAUUGAACCGUUGCCUCUCUGUGCAGGGUUAAAAGAUGCAAGUUAUGGAUCUAUUAAGAAUGUUGUGCAAGAAAUGAUGAGAAGCAAAAAAUAUGAAGAAGCAGCAUGCUAUCUGAUGAGGAACCUACCUAAAGUAAAAAGUUUGGAGAAUGAAUCAUCUGACUGGUAUUUCGAUUUUUUAAAUGCUUGUCUUAUUGAUAGUGCUAAUCGUUCAAUACCUGAAUUUAUCGAUCCUGAUUACAAGAUCCAAUUGGAUACCUACAAUGCACAACGGCGAAUCCUAAAGAUAUCUCAAAAUAAAUCGGGACUACAAAACGAGUUACCAAACACUGUAGAUGAACUAGAAAAAUCAGAGAAACUGGAAAGUCGCACUCAGGAGCAUUACAAGAAAUAUCGGAUGAAAGCAUUCAGUGAUGAAAAACUGGAACGCUUGGAUGAUGCGGAAUCGAUUGAAUUACGACCAUAUCAGCAGGAGCUGGUCGAAACAGCAUGUAGAGGAAUGAACACGAUCAUCUGUGCUCCCACUGGUUCGGGAAAAACUGUUGUAGCUGCACACAUUAUUUUGGAACAUUUUCGAGCUAUGAAAGCUGCAGAUAAACCAUCCAGAGUAGCAAUGCUUGUGCCAACAAUUCCACUUGUAGAGCAACAAUGUAUAAUGUUGAAUCGUUAUCUGCGCAAAACAUUCUGGGUCGACGGUAUGAGUGGGAGUGAACCAGUCGAUGAAAAUGGACGUGCUCCAAAUGUUUUAGCAAGUCAUGUAACUGUUUUCACACCACAAAUUUUCAUAAAUUUGCUGAGAAAUAUACGUCGAGAUGAUCGUUUGUACUUCACCGAUUUCUCGAUGUUCAUAUUUGAUGAAUGCCAUCAUUGCGAUGGAGACCAUCCUUAUCACGUUCUGAUGCGGAUGUUGCACAGAUUUGAUGGUCCAAAGCCGCAAAUUGUUGGUUUAACUGCUUCUCUACCACUUGGUGCCGGACGUGCAAGUGUUGAUGCAGCACUCGAUCAUAUGAUGGAUUUAUGUGCUAAACUUUCUGCUCAUUCCAUCAGUACAGUUCGAAAACACGUGGAAAAUCUUCGUUAUUAUGUAAAACCGCCUAUAAAACGAGCUCAUCGGCCUGAAUACGACAGUUUCUCCCAGUCACUGGAAAUCUGCAUGAGAAAAAUUGAGUUGGCCAUAAAGCCAGAACUUGGAAGAAUAGCUGAAAAUAAAAUUCUUAAUUUUAAAGUGGAGGAAACUGUAUUUCCUGCUCACCGGAACUCAACGCGUUAUGAAAGUUUUGUUGGAGGUUUGAAAAAUCGCUUAAUCGAGUUACCUGAUGAUAAAUUGAAACAUCAGCUGAUCAAAAUGCUUGAACAUCUUGGAUAUUAUUAUCGUGCUCUCUGCUUGAGUGAUUUACUGCCGAAUUGGUAUGCCUACAGUUAUUUGUGUGAAAACAUGACAAAAGAAAUUGUUCAGGAUGCGGGUGAUAGGACAACGAUUCAAAAUCAGUUGGCGAAGCUUUUCGAAAAAUUCGUGAAAUCGGAUGAACUGAAUUUUAAAGAAAAUGAUUCGGGUGAAGAAAAAGAAAUCUUGAAAAUGUUGCACACGAUUUUGCUUGAACAGUACGUUUCGGAUCCAGCAUCCAGAACCAUAAUCUUUGUGACGACACGUAAACUGGCCCAAUAUUUAUCACACCAUUUGAACGCAGUUAAAAUUGUCGAUAGAACAAGUCGUGCAGUCGGAUUCAUUACCAGUUCAAACAGGUCUUCUGCCUUGAAUGGUCAAACGACUGAAGAACAGCGGACGGUGAUUGAAAAUUUCAACCAAGGUACUUUAAAGGUUUUAGUGGCCACAUCAGUUGCUGAAGAAGGUCUGGAUAUUUCUGCAUGUAAUCUAAUCAUCAAAUAUAACAACACAGGUUCCGAGAGAUCACUGAUUCAAAGAAGGGGUCGAGCUCGAGCGAAGCAUAGUAAAUCAAUAUUGCUGGCAUUAGAUGGUUCUAUAGAAGAGAAAGAAUUAGAGAAUAUUCAGAAAGAACAUUUAAUGAGGCGAUGCUUGGAACAUAUACAAACAAAGUCAGAAAACCAGAUGAAACAUUUGGUAGAAGCGAAAAUUAAACAAAUGAAAGCUCUUCAGGAAGCGAAUUUGGUACGAGAGAGUGAAAAGAAGCGUUCAUUGGAAGGGAAAUGUUAUGAUUUGAAGUGUCGUCUCUGUGGCUCAUUUAUAUGUAAAAGUAGUAGUAUGCGAAUUGCGUGCGAUAACCAUUAUGUUUGCUGCGACCCAACAAUUUGGGAGCGGAUUGAUGCUAGAGUUCACAAUGCAAAGUCAUUGGCAAUUGCAACGCUGGUUGGUAAACUUCAUUGUAAAGGAACCGAUGAAUCAGACUGCAGUGAAGUGCUGGGUACAAUUGUCAAGUUAUACGGCGCCUUCCUGCCAACGAUAGCAGCAAAAGCGAUAAUGAUUGAUGAUAAGGAAGGAUUAUCUGGUCGACCACAAUAUGAGAAAAAAUGGGAUUCUAUAACAACAGAUAAAUUUUGUGUUGAACCAAUCACUGAGUUUGAUCUAAAAGUGAUGUUGAACUCGCUGCACAGCUACUCACGAGAACAACAUCUUCAAUUUGAAGCUGAAGCAGGACUUGCUGUCAAGCGUGCUCUCACCGAAAUGAAAAAAGAAAAGCGACAGUUCGUAAUCGAGGAAUAA